UUAAAGUAUGUACAUUUGUAGAUGUAUUAUACUCGUAUAUGCAAUGUACAAUGCACAAAAUAAAUAAAUAACAUAAAAUGAAUUUUGCACUAAAUUAGCUGCAUAACAAAAAUUCCGUUAAAAAUUAAGAUCUAAAAACUUAAAACAGCGAUGACUCGAAUAGUUAAUUAUACUGACAGGAGUUCUUUAAAAAAUCAGCAGCAGGAUCCAGAUUGCUCAAAUAUAGAAUAUCUUAUAGAAAAUAUAGAUGAUGACAUAGCAACGCAAGAAAUUUCUGGAGUAAUAGAUGACGAGGAGGAAUUGUAUCAAUGCAGUGUCUGUAAAUACAGUUUUAGAGAUGUUAUGCGACAUAUAAAGAUGUUUCAUAAAGACCAGUCAAUUCUUAUAGAAGCCACUAAUAAAAAUAAAACAGAAAGUCAACUUAACUCUGAAUAUGAUUAUGAAGCGAUUAAAAAAACUAACGUUGAAUGCAUAUCUGAUACUGAAAGUGGGAUUAUUACAAAUGAAUUUAAUGAUGUUUUAAUUGAUAACAAAAGUUCUGAAAAAAAGGCUGAUAGAAAAGACGAACAAUAUGAUUCCGCAGAUUAUGAUAAAAAUUUGGAAAAAUACCAUGAAGAAUUUUCAAUUUUAAAUACUACGUCCGUAUUAAAGAAUGAAUCUAAAAUAAAUUAUCAAACUAAGACAUGUUCUAUUUGCAAAACAACCUUUUCUUCAGUGAAAAAUUUAAAGUUGCAUGCAAGAAUACAUUAUCCUGUCAAAUCCAAGAGUUAUAUUGAAGCUUUGGCUGAAAACGAAAAUCAUAGUUUACUCAUGUUUUAUUGUGAACUCUGUAAAAAAAGUUUUGAUGUAAAAUUGCAAGAUCAACAUUCAAAAUUUCACCGUUUAAAUACUAUAAAUACCAUUUGCAAAAUUUGUAAUAAGCAAUUUAAAAGUAUGGAAAGUUUUAGAAUGCAUUUAACUUUACAUGAAGGUAGAGAAGAUAGUAUAUUUGGAUCUUCAUUAAAAAAACUAACAAACAUGGAAAAUAAUACAACACUAUAUCCUUACGCUUGUAGACACUGCAAUAAAUCUUUCAAGAGGCCACAUGAAAAAGUGAAACAUGAAAGGAUUCACACUGGCGAAAAACCAUAUAAAUGUGAUGUUUGUGGAAAAUCUUUUCGAGUUUCAUAUUCUUUGACAUUACAUUUACGAACUCAUACGGGAGUACGACCAUAUGUUUGCACAAUUUGCAACAAAAGGUUUAAGGGAUUUUCAACUUACGCGAACCAUUCUCAAACACAUUCUGAAGAACGAAAAUUCAAAUGUCCAGAAUGUCCGAAAAUGUUCAAAACCGCUGUUCAAAUGCAUGGUCAUAAAAAUACUCACAAAAAACCAUUUUUUUGUAGUUUGUGCAACAGGCCUUUUGCAACUAUGCACAAUGUUGAAGUUCAUAUGGAAACUCAUAAAAAUGAAACUAGUAAAAAAAAAUUUAAGUAUUGUUGUAAUAUAUGUGGAGCAUCAUACGGAAGAUCAUUUGCAUUAGAAGAACAUAAAAAAGAAAUGCAUAGUAGUUUGGAUUUAAUAGAAAAACAUUUGGAAUACUUUUGUAAGGAUGAAGCUAUAAUAUCAACGGAAUGUAUUUUGUCAACAGAUGAAUUGUUAACAAGUUAACCAGUUAUACCCGGUUAUAGCAAUUCUUAUAGUUAUUUUACAAGAAGUUUAUUGUACUUUCAUGUGUUGCAGGUCAUUCAUUUUUGUUUAGAUUUGUUUUCGGUUUAUAUAAUUUGUUACUUGUUUAU